AUGGCAGUUUUAUCCAAAUCCAUCUCCGCGCUUACCGCUGGAGCACUGCUCCUUGUUGCCGUUAUUUCCCCUCGAUCUCAACGACUUCGUUUCUACCUCAACUCAUUCAUCUACGUUGCUGGUUUAGGCAUCUGUUCCGUAUGGGGGAUUUUUGUCUCGAUAUUCCUGAGUCUGGUUCCCGGGCAACGAUUGAACAUUAACAAAGUAGUUGCUCGUUCCUUCUGGCGUCUCACCUCUCCCCUUGUCGGAAUCAAAUUUAUCGUUGAAGGAGAAGAGCAUUUCGCCCAGGCAAGACCUGCUGUUGUUGUUGGCAAUCAUCAAACAGCAAUGGACAUCUUAUAUCUCGGUCGAAUCUUUCCUCCUCACGCUGCAAUUAUGGCCAAGAAAGAACUUCAGUUCGCUCCUUUACUCGGUCAAUUCAUGGCUUUGAGCGGAGCAGUGUUUAUCAAUAGGAAAAACUUAAAGGAUAGCAUCAAAUCAUUCCAAGCGGUAGGGCAGGAAAUGAAUAGACUCAAAAAGAGUCUAUGGAUCUUCCCAGAGGGUACAAGGUCUGGUUUAGCAACUCCCGAUUUGUUGCCGUUUAAGAAGGGUGCCUUCCAUUUGGCAAUCCAAGCUGGAGCUCCAGUUGUUCCCGUCGUUUGUGAGAAUUAUAGCAGGUUGUUCGAUUCCAAAUCCAGAUUCGAGUCCGGCACAAUUAGGAUCAAGGUUCUCCCUCCGGUGCCAACGAAACAUCUGACGGCGGAGGAUGCAGCUGAUCUGGCGGAUAAGGUGAGAGAGAUCAUGUUGAACGAGUUGAGAAAGAUGGAUGAGCAGAGACAACGUGCGGAUGUUGCAGGUGGUGGGGUGAGACAGGAGGAGGUCAAGAUGGGUGGAAUUUCGGGGUUCUUUGCCGGAUUGAUGGGGACUGGCAGGAGUUUCAGGAGUUUGGAGAGCAAAGUCGAUAGGAGGGAGAAGCAGUUGAGGAAGAUGGGCACUAGUGGUGAGAAGGCCGAGGAUUAUAAUCUGGUGAGCGAGGGUCAGAAGCACAAGUAA